AUGAGAUAUGCUCCCAGAUUUUAUUCGAAGAAAGGCCAAAAGUUUCGUCUUAUGGUCACUGGUUCCAGUUGUACUGGAUAUCAAUCCUGUAUUAAUGCUCUCUGCGAAAAAAGGAUCUUAGACGAGCAAUUGGAGGUGAAUCCUGAAGAAGCUCACCUGGAAAGACCAUUAGAGAUUAUAGAACAUGAAGCAGACAUCCAAGGAGAAGAAUUCCGUGUUGCUUUAACUGUUAUUGAAGUCUGUGGAUUUGGCGAUAUGCUUGAUAGAUCCUCAAACUUUGAUGUUGUAACCGAGUACUUGGAAAAUCAGCUUGACCAAGUUUUAGUUGAGGAGUCCAAGAUUCGAAGAAAUUCUAAAUUUGUUGAUAAGAGAGUGGAUGCUUUACUCUACUUCAUUGAGCCGUAUGGGCAUUGUUUAUCUGAAUUUGAUUUAGAAGCAAUGAGACGCUUUUCCAAGAGAGUCAACGUUAUACCUGUCAUUGGAAUUGCUAAUGCCUUCACAAGGGAAGAAUUGAGGUCUUUCAAGCGAAGGAUUCUUCAAGAACUCGUAGAUGAGAACAUUCAUGUCUUUGACUUCCCUUACGAUGAAGACGAAGAUGAAGAUGAGGUUGUUGAAGAAAAUAAGCGACUCCAAUCGCGUCUUCCAUUUGCGGUGUCUGGUGCCGCAGUCGGCGAUAAUUUACAGGAUUUCGACGAGCUUGCCAAACAUUUCCCAUGGGGAAUUUUUAACAUUGACGAUCCAUCGCACUCCGACUUUGUAGAUUUGAAAACCACUUUGUUCAUCUCUCACUUACAACAUCUGAAGUUUAUUACUCAACAAUAUUACUAUGAAACCUAUCGUACAGAAAGGCUUUCUAAUGCUUCAUUGUCCUCUAAUUCUUCGUAUGUUAAUUCCUUGAAACUCUCGACUCAGGUACUAACUAAGUAUAGGCAUUUGCUAGUCGACCACGAAGAAUCCAAACAAAGUGGAUUGAAACCUCAUGAAACGAAUGAAUUUGAAAUCUAUGAACAAACCUCUCAUGCACCAAUUAGUUCUCAAUCGUCAGUCAAACAUGCGCAGUCGAAGUCGGGUAUUAAUUCUGCUUCACCAAGUAUUAAAUCUAAACAAACUUUACAAAAGAGAGACUCUAUUAAAUCUACAACAUCAAGUAAAAUUAAAAUUCCUCAUGUUGAAACGAGUUUGCGUGAAUUUCCCCAAAGGAAUUCUUCCAAGAGAAACGCCCAGGUUAACGAAAUUGGUGAAACCAAAGUGCUACAAUCGGACGACGUUGCUCACGGUCGCUUUGAAAACGUUCCCUGUACCAGUACGAAAUAA